CAGGAAGGAAAAAGAUUUCCUAACUUAGUUACGACGUCCGCGCAGACACGGCAGAGCUCGUCUCAAACCCUUUUUAGCCCUUUUUGUUUUUAAUUUUUAGGAUAACUCCAAGUGAAGGGAGUUGUGUUUUUACAAGCGAAGGAAGAAAAGGUGGAGGCUGAAGGCGGAAAAUGGGUAAAAAACAGGAGACAGAUCCGGACUCCCAGUAUGGGGAACCUGCUCAGUUUGAUCCAUCAUUCAAUGGACCCAUAAAGAAAAGAGGGUGCACUGAUAUAAUCUGCUGUGUCCUGUUCAUGGUCGUCAUCCUUGGCUACGUAGCAGUUGGCAUAUUAGCUUGGCUCUAUGGAGAUCCUCGACAUGUUCUAUACGCAAGAAACUCAACUGGAUGGUUCUGUGGUACUGGACCAAAUAAAGACAAACCGAACUUGUUCUACUUUGACAUUCUCAAAUGUGCCACGUCUGUUAAUAUUAUGGCAUCUUCUCUUAAUGGUUUUCAGUGUCCAACCACACAGGUGUGUGUGGAAACUUGCCCCAAUGACUUCUGGGCUGUGGAUGUACUGGCAUAUCUUCCAAACGUAAAGCCAGCAAACGUGUUCAAUCAAAGCCUCUGUGUGCCAUCCAUAGACCUGGCAACUACUGACUUAAAAGUUAAAGAAAUUGUGGACAAAGAGCUGUGUCCUUUCUUCUACAUGCCCACAACCUCUGUGCUGGGGAGAUGUUUGCCCGAUAUCACGGCACUGGGGAGAAUCCCUUCAUACUUUGCCAAUGUUCCGGGCUUACCGUCCUCAGUCAAUGACACAGUCAGCAUACUGAAGAACGGCACUGGGGAUAUUGUGAAUGGCUUUAAUGCCAGAGAGAUCGGCGUCCGAAUCUUUGAGGAUUUUGCGUCGUCAUGGCCGUGGAUCCUCAUUGGUCUGCUAAUAGCAAUGGUGGUCAGUAUGCUGUUCCUGUUGCUGCUGAGAUUCACAGCUCCAGUCAUGGUGUGGGUGCUCAUCAUAGGAGUCCUUGCUGCUGGAGCAUAUGGGAUAUGGCACUGCUACUGGGAGUAUGAUAACUACAAACAAGCCUCUGCUACCAUAUCUGACAUUGGGUUUACCACCAACUUCAAAGUUUACCUGCAAGUCCAAGAGACCUGGCUGGCCUUCUUGAUAAUCAUAUCUGUGGCAGAGGCGAUCAUUCUCCUGACCAUAAUCUUCCUGCGGACCAGAAUCCUCAUAGCCAUUGCUCUCAUCCAGGAGUCCAGCAAGGCAAUCAGUCACAUGAUGUCCUCUCUGUUCUACCCUCUGGUCACCUUUGUUCUCCUGCUGGUGUGUGUCGCUUACUGGGGUGCCACUGCUUUAUAUCUGGCCACCUCAGGAAACCCAAUCUACAGAGUGGUGGCUCUCAACUCCACCAUGACCGACUGUAAGAGUAUCAACGGCUCUGUGGACUGUGACCCUCAGAACUUCACUUCAUCAGAUUACCCAGGCUGCCCCUCAGCCAGCUGCAUCUUUAUCAAAUACAACGACGAGGGUCUCUUCCAGAGGAACCUCUUCAACCUGCAGAUUUACAAUGUGGUGGCUUUUCUCUGGUGUGUCAACUUCGUCAUCGCCUUGGGGCAGUGUACACUGGCGGGGGCCUUUGCCUCCUACUACUGGGCCUUCACCAAACCAGGCGACAUCCCCAUGUUCCCUGUGUCUGCUAGCUUCAUACGCUCGCUCAGGUACCAUGUGGGCUCCUUGGCGUUCGGUGCUUUGAUCCUGACCCUGGUGCAGCUAGUGAGGAUCAUUCUGGAGUACAUUGACCACAAAACAAGAGCGGCACAGAAUCCAUGUGCUCGUUUUUUAAUGUGCUGCCUGAAGUGCUGCUUCUGGUGUCUGGAGAAGUUCAUCAAGUUCCUCAACAGGAACGCUUACAUCAUGAUCGCCAUUUAUGGGAAAAACUUCUGCGUCUCUGCCAAAAAUGCUUUCAUGCUGCUCAUGAGAAAUGUAAUAAGGGUCGUGGUGCUCGAUAAAGUGACAGACCUGCUGUUGUUCUUUGGGAAGCUCCUGGUGGUCGGAGGAGUGGGCGUAUUGUCCUUCUUUUUCUUCUCUGGACGAAUAUUACUGCCAGGCAACACCUUCCGCUCCGAAACCCUCAACUACUACUGGAUGCCAAUUAUUACGGUGGUGUUUGGUAGCUACCUCAUAGCUCAUGGAUUCUUCAGUGUGUACAACAUGUGUGUCGACACACUCUUCCUCUGCUUCUUGGAGGACUUGGAGCGUAAUGACGGAUCUCUACAGAAGCCGUACUUUAUGUCCAAAAACCUCAUGAAGAUCCUCAACAAAACCAACAAAGCGCCAAAAAAGGGUAAAGGCAAGGACUGAAGAUCAUUUCACCUCCCUGACUUCAUGAAACCACACAAACACUGUGUAACACAUUUUCAGGAUAUCUUUAUCUGCAGCUUUUGAAUCCAAUAACACUCAAUCUAUUUUUUUCCAGAUAGGUUUACCAAAACUGAUUUUGCACUUUUUUAAUUAUAUAUUUUUUUUUUAUUGGGUAUGUGCAUAAUAUGUAGUAUUAAUGACUGUACACAUGAAAGGACUGAGCAUGUGAAUGUGAAUGCAGGUAAUGUGAAAUUUGAAGUUACAUGGUGUCCUACAUGACUUUUUGAUUUGGCUCAUAAUUAAUGAAAGUCCCAAAAUAUUUCUUCUGAUAUUUAAAAUUUGUUUCCAUUGAUACGGCUCCAUAUUAACGCUGCACAACAUUUUUAUUCCAAAUGUUUUAGACGGGUUUAUCAGGGUUUUUAACUGGUUUGUCACUUAAUCCAGUUAAAUGCCUUUUAAUGUAAGAUUUAGGUUUUUUCUAUUUUUGCUGGGAAUCUUUUAUAGACGACGAUUUCUUCAGAAGGAACAAAAACUAAAUGUUCUUAAACAUUAUAUAUUUUUAGAUAGUAUUUGUAAAAAGGCUUGUUUUAUAAAUAGAAAAAUGUAUAUAUCACCACAAUGUUUUUGAUUAUAUGGAAAGAAGGAAAAUGUAAUAAAGUUGUAAAUAUGA